GCAGUGGUGGUAGCAGCGAGUGGUGGCAGCGCCGGCGUCGCUUUUGCCAUCCUACCUACCGGUUCCACCAGCAAAGUUGGAGUAGGUCUCGUGCGAGGGUGCGGACCGCACACCACGGCUCCGCCACGCUUCGUACUCGCGCCAUUUCCUCCUUUUUUUCUCUCGCGCGCGCUCUCCCGCGUCUCUCCUCGUCCCCGUUCGCACGCUAGCAUCCGUCUCGCUUCUCGUCGAUCGCGUCCACGAUCGAGUGCAACGCGCGUUCUACGUACGCGCCGAGGGACCGGCUGCCGCCUCGAGGUGGCGCGUUUUUUUUUCAACGGACCGUUAAGGAAGGAAGGAAGAAAGAAGAAUUUGGAAAAUUUCGCUCCGUUCCUCCGAAAGAAUGAUCGAGGAAAGGUGGAUAACAGAUAGGUGGCCGUGAUCGAAUGGUGCGAGCGACCGAAGGAUUUCGUGAAACUACGUAACACGACGCGGUCGUAAGUUUCGCGCGUAUGGGUGUGUGUGUCCCGCUAUGAUCCAUCACGAUUGACUUUCUCUUGUGUCACGCUCUUACGUACCAGGCGACGACCAACACAUCCAAAGGUGGAGAGAUGAUCCGCGACUAUCUGUUGUUGCUCUCGUGGCUGUGCGCCGUGCAAGGAAAAAUAGGGUAUUUCUGGCACAUCACCGACAUCCACUAUGACCCGAGAUACUCCGCUCAAGCAAACGCGGCGACCGCGUGCUGGAACACGAGGAACGGGGUGGGCGGCGGGAGGAAGACGCCCGGCAAAUUCGGCGAUUACGGUUGCGACUCGCCGUGGGAGCUGGUCGAGUCGGCGGCCAAGGCGAUGAAAACUUAUCGCGGCGAAGGGAUCGAGUUCGUUCUGUGGACUGGUGACGCGCUGACGCGCACUACUGGUAUGAAUGCCGAGCUCCGUCUCCAGUGUUUGCGGAAUUUGACCGAUCUGUUGUCUCGCACGUUCAAGGGGCUAUUUGUGUUUCCGGUGCUCGGGCACGACGACACGGUGAACUUCUCCCAACUUGCCGAGCUUUGGUCAACCUGGCUGCCCCAAGAGGCUUUGGACACGUUAAAAAGCGCCGGAUAUUACACGAUAGAGCAAACCUCGGAGAAAUAUCGGAUCAUUUUCCUUAACACGAAUUUGUGGCUGAACACGGCCGAUAAUCGUAUGCUGCACCACCAAUCCGGAGCGAGCGUGGUCGAUAACACGCAGGAUCCCCUGAAUCAAUGGUCCUGGUUCCAGACGACUCUCGAGACAGCGCGAAGGAAGGAGGAAACGGUUUACAUCGUGGGCCACACACCGCCUGGGGUGGACGAUCGGGAGAGCGGCGCGUCCGUGUUGAACGAGCGUCACAACGCCAAAUACCUGCAGCUGAUCCGGCUGUAUUCGGACAUCAUUCGCGGUCAGUUCUUCGGCCACUGGCACACGGACACUUUUCGCGUGGUCUAUAACGAUAACGGUCUGCCCGUAUCCUGGAUAAUGAUGGCGCCCAGUAUAUCGCCAACCACGCCUGGAGGGCCCAACAAUCCCGGUUUAAGACUGUACAAAUUCGAGACGACCACCGGCCAGGUGCUGGAUUACACCCAGUACUAUCUUAAUCUGCCGGAAGCGAACAGUGGGACGGCAAACUGGCUGAUCGAGUACUCCCUGCUCGAAUAUUACAAUCUUCAGGAAAUCACGGCGAUCUCUCUCCACGACCUGGCCGACCGAUUCACCCAGUUCAACGAUUUCGCUUUCGUCAGAUACUACGCGGCCAACACCGUCUCGCUGCCGCGGGAAGUGGAGCAAAUUUGGGGCUGCGGGGGGCCGUUGAACGGAGCCUGCGCCCUCCACCACUACUGCACCGUCACCCGAUUGAACCCGGAGUCCUACAAGAAGUGUUACUCGUCGUACGCGUUCGCCCUCGCCUCCACCGGCCCAUCCACGCCGCGGAUCUACCUGUCGCUCUACUACCACCUCGUGCUGCUCGCCUGCGCGCACUACUACUUGGCCAGCAACCGGUAGAUUUCCGAUGGAGAGAGAGAGAGGGAGGGAGAAAAGGCGAAUCGAGGCGGCUGCCUCGCCCUCGAAGGAGAAUCCUUCCUUCGAGGCGAUCGUCGUCGACCGCCGCGUUACGUUUCUUUGCAACGGGAGUAGUUUAUCGGUGUAUCAUCUCUUCUUUGCCUCCUCUCGAAGAGAGGAGGGGAGGGGGAAGGACGAAGGGGAGUGUAUGGUCGACGCAGGGUAUUCUUCCUGGGGUCGCGAGAAAAGAAGAAAAAAAAAAGAAAAAAAAAAAAAGAAAAACCUCGAUGUUGUAUCUUGCUUCUCUUAAGCGUUCGUUGUGUGCGUUUGUGUUUUGGAACGCGGAUGGAAUUCGUUCGUUCGUUCGUCGUAUGCGCGCGGCGCCUAAGAAUUCUGGUCGAGGCGAUCUCGGUGAACGAGCAUUUCCAACGACAAGCUGCUGGCUUUUCUUCACGGAGGAGGAGAUAGAGGGGGAGUUACGUUCGUGGCAUCAUCGUGUCAUCGCACCCGUUCACCACCAUUCACCGUUUUCGCGACUGUGGAUCUUGUCGGAACAAUACAGUAUUUCUUAAUAAACGAGUCAUGGAUUUGUAACUAA